GCCGGCGGCGUGAUUUACAGUUUUCCACCAUGGAGGAGAAGUUCAAUAGACUCAUCUUCAUUCCCAUUGCGGCGGUGCUCUUCUUAAUGAUCGGCUACCAGUAUGUGUGCCCGGCGGACAGCAACACCUGCUACUUCAGAAGUGACGACAAAGGGCUUUUCCAGCGGUAUUCAUCAGGGUUUGAGUUAGUUUACACUGAGCAGGAGACGGACGAGGACCUUCCCUCCAAAAUAACAUCCAGAUUUAACUUCACGGAGCGGAACCUGGACAGGCACGUCGACUUCAACAUCCGAGGAGAUGAUGUGAUGGUGUUCCUCCACAUCCAGAAGACCGGCGGGACGACGUUUGGGCGGCACCUGGUCAAAAACAUCCAGCUGGAGCAGCCCUGCGACUGCAUGCCCGGCCAAAGGAAAUGCACCUGUCACCGGCCCGGUAGAGCCGAGUCGUGGCUCUUCUCCCGGUUCUCCACAGGCUGGAGUUGUGGGUUGCACGCGGACUGGACCGAGCUCACGAGCUGUGUGCCGACAGUGAUGAACAAGAGGGACAAGAAGAGUGCCCAAAAGAACAAAAGGAAUUUCUACUACAUCACCAUGCUACGCGACCCUGUGUCACGCUACCUCAGUGAAUGGAAGCACGUGCAGCGCGGGGCCACUUGGAAAACCGCCCUCCACAUGUGUGACGGCCGCCCGCCUACUGAGGACGAGCUCCCUGCCUGCUACAGCGGUGAAGACUGGACAGGCGUGCCCCUGACCGACUUCAUGAGUUGCCCUUCUAACCUCGCCAACAACCGUCAGGUCCGCAUGCUGGCCGACCUCAGCCUGGUUGGCUGCUACAACAUGUCGUCCGUGAGCGAGCUGGAGCGAGGCCAGGUGCUGCUCGCCAGCGCCAAGGCCAACCUGCGCAACAUGGCUUUCUACGGACUGACGGAGUUCCAGCGCAAGACGCAGUACCUGUUUGAGCGGACGUUCGGCUUGCGCUUCAUCCGGGCCUUCACGCAGAUCAACAGCACGCGCGCCGCCAGCGUGGGAAUCAGCGAGAAGGUGCGGUGGCGCAUCGAGGGGCUGAACGCCCUCGACGUGGAGCUGUACGAGUACGCCAAGGAGCUGUUCCUGCGGCGCUACCAGUACAACCGGCAGAAGCAGCACCAGGAGGAGCGUCUGAGGAGGUGGCAGGAGAGGCAGCAGAGGCAGCGGCUGCACAGGACCUAUCUGGCUGAGCUGUGGAGACUGGGAGGAGGAGGGGAGGAAGAGGAGCAGGUGAAGGGGCUGGAGGAGGUAACCACUACAGAGGACUACAGCAGCCAGGUGGUGAGGUGGUGAGGAGGACACACUGAUGGCUGUUUGAUUCAUUGUGCUUUACUCUCCUCCCCACUCUCUCCUCUGCUGUGAAUCUGCCAAAACCUCCUGCCCUCAUAGCCUCAUAGCUCUCUGUCGGACUGCCGAACGGUGUCUUAAUAUUUAUGAUGGAUGUAUUUGUCAUGGCAACAUAAACAUUUUGUAUUUUUUUUUCUUCUUAUGGCUACUUUUGGCACCGCAGUUGUGAAUUGUAUUUAUUUAUUCAUUAGCAAAGUGCUUUGAAUGUUCUCAAAGCGGUGAAAAUGUUUCUUAAAUUUCGCUAAGAAUUAGUAGAGUUGAAAAAAAAAACAGGAGGAAGGCCAAUCUGAGUCAAUUUUAAAAAUGGUGACUGACUUGAAGGACCCUCUGUGUAACGUGUGUGAUCUAGUGUGUUGAUCAGUGAAAUCUCGUAGUUACUCUGUGGUGUUUGGCUUCAUAAGAAUAUCAAAGCACAAACUCUGCAGUAGUCUUUGGUGUGUUUUGUUUUUUUCUGACUGAAUAAGCUGCAAUAUACAAAAAGGCAAUUCCUCGCAGGAAAUGUGUUCAAUAAAAAUAAUGCAGUACAGUCAUGUAAAUUUGUCCUUGAUGGACUCUCUCUGGUACGCAUGUGUACAUGAACGUGUUCCACCUUGCUCCUUUUUCACAGCAUGUUCUCACCAUAAAAAUCUGAAAUCUC